CAAUGUAAACAGUCAAGUCCGUUCCGAAUAUGGUGAGGUUAUGUCCGCGUUGAUUUUGAGCUCGCGAAGAGUCUGACAGUAUCUAAUUAACAGUGAAGACUAUCGAGUGAUGUUACGAUGGAGCCGUUGCAAAUAUUUGAAGAUUUCAGGCUGGACAAUCUGGACGAAUCGUGGGUGAAAUCUGUGUGGGAAAGUGAGUUUCUAACCUUCGACGACAUCCCCGCUGCCUAUCUUGACUAUUUAAAUAGCGAGGACAUGGAUGUAUUGCUCAAGGAUUCAUCGACGGUAAUAAAAAACUGGAUGUGCGAGGGCGCCGCCAGCGACGGCGCCGAUAUUCAACGGACCGAGGUAUCCUGGCAAACUUUAAUAGCGCUAAACGUUAAUCCACGCAGUUUGCUGCCCGUUUUAGGAUACUUAAUGAAAAACGGAAAUUCCUUUGACGCCGACGAAGAAGCCAGGCAGCCUUGCCUCAAGGCGACCAGCCUCUACUUUGUCCUACUCUCUGUACCUGGAAGCAAUGCAUUUCAAGUCUUUCACCUCAACCUGUAUCACUUGGCGCUGAAGACAUUUAUGCUGUCCGACCGCCUUGUCCAAAAGUCCAGACAACAAGGGAAACGCGUCGAUCCUAGAGAUGCUUACAAUUCAGAUGACGAUGAAGGUGAUAUGGAGCUCUUUGAUUCCGAAAAACUCACGCUGUGUAAAGGGCUAAAUAGCGUCAUGUUCGACAUAACUACUAUGCUGAGGGGUUUUCAUCUGUGCGAUCAGCCAAGGUCGUUGGAAAUCACUGUUCACUCGCUGAUAAAAGUUACAGGUCUUUCUAAAGAAGUGAUUAACUUCGAGACAAGAGCAGUGAGGCAGGAGGCAUCGGUGAACUCCCUUUCUUACAAUGCCUACAUUGCCCUAAGCUUACUCUGCGAUGCUCAUCAUGGAGCCGUGGAUGUGACGAUACGUCUUAUAGCCAAAUACCUGCUACCAAGCCUGGUGUCCAAUCAAGAUGGAUUACUGCCUAAGGAAUUGUCUGCGGUCAGAGAAUCGAUGACAAAUUUUGUAAAAAAACUGCUUAUAGCUCAUCAGAAAGAUGCCCAUUUAGGCGUGACAACUCUGAUUCAACAUCUGAUGGUAAAAUGUCCCGAGAGAGUGGAAGCAAGAACAAAGCAGGCAGCUCUUAUAUUCAAACUGGUUAAUUCCUGCAAGGAUGAAGUCUACCUCAAAGCUGUCGAGGACCUGAUUGUUCUUGCACACAACAACAAAGUCCUCUUGAGGAUAUUUGCCGAGGAAAUAAUGGGAAGAUUUUUGACCGAUAAUACCAGUACUACAAGUCAACCGAAUCAAAAAGUUAGGAAAGCCCUUCUUGCAACAGUUUUAUCCAGGUGCCUUGACUCCUCGAGUCUAGUUAGAGGAAAAGCGAUGUCAAUUUUUGCCGACUGCACAGAUCCGCAGAACAGUGUGACCUUGAACAUGGUGAAAGAAAUUUUUGACGAAUCUAAUUCAGAUAAACCCUUGCCGAGUCUGAAUACUCUACAGCAAUCUAUAUUUGAAGACCGUGACCCUCUACCGGGCUGCAGUACCGUGGCCUGUGUGCUCGCAGCAAGGGUUGAAGACGAGCGAGCGUUCGUACGUCGUAGCGCGCUACAAUCACUAGGCAAUUUGGUAGAUUUCUACCCAGGGAUACUGAAUACCCUGACACCUGCCCUGGGUCUACACUGCAGAGAUCCUGCAAUACUGGUACGUCGAUACGCCGUUCAAGUAUUCACCCAGCUUGUGGAAAAAUUCCCGGAGCAUCCGCUAUUAACCCAGGACUGGGUCAGGAAUGUUUUGCCUCAGAUUUUUGAUGUGGAAAUGAAAGUGCAGGAAAAGGUUCUUGAGUCUUUGCAGCAAUUGAUCAUCGCUAAUGUCACGCGGCGGGAUGACGACGACUUACUCCCAAAAGCGGACUUGCCGUGGCUGAUACUAAACCAAAUAACUGAACAAAAGAUGAGAAAACAUCUGACCAAGGCAUGCGCUGUCUGGGCAAAGACUUCUGUACUCACAAAUUCUUUGAUCACGAAAAUUAUGUCGCAUCUUGACAGCCGCAAUGAUAUACCAGCCCUGGUCUUGUUGACGGCAAUCGCUAACUAUAGAGAAUUGUCAAAUAUAAGUAAAUAUUUUCAGAAUUACAAAGAAAUUCUAUGCCGAGACACUUAUCAGGCAAGUUUGGUCAUCGAAUUGCUGAGGAAUUCUUGGCCAAACUUGGAUGAUGCUUUUUUAAAGAAAAUGCAGGUGGACCUAUUUGAAACACUGUGUUGCUUUCAAGUGAACUUCAACCUUGUCGGCAUUUGCUGUGACUUGUAUACAGAUGUAACAAAGUACCUGAAUCCUGAAAAUGGAGAUCAAAUUGUUAAACAGAACUCUCUGCACCUCAUGAAGCUAUCCGAAACUCUACUGGAAAAAUUCAUAGAUCACGAAGACAACGAAGAAGAUGCUCUUCAGACAUACUUGAAAGCAAUGUCCACUUUGAGUAACGCUUCCCAUUUGUGCGUUGGCUCAAUUUCUCCAUCCACGUUGCGCGUACUAGAGGGAAUAGUUGUGGAGUGGGAUUCGUUGCCAGAUGCAGUAAGGCAUCUCCAUGAACUAAGAGCAGCAGCCGUUACCGUUUUAGGGCAACAAGCAAUGAGGGACAGAGAAAUUGCUCAGGAAAUAAUGCCAAUACUUGGCCACAUAAUGCGGAUGAGUACCGCACAGUCUUCUGAUGUCCAAGCAGCUGUGAAGGUGAACGCAGCCAAGGCUCUGGCCGAUAUUUGUGUGCGAUUCACAGCCUUGGUUGAACCUUAUUUGCCCGAUAUGUGCGUUAGCAUGAAGGACCAAAACCCGAUAAUUCGAGAAGCUAUAGUCGUACUUUUCAUCCAGCUUCUUCUCGAAGACUUUAUCAAAGUCAAGGGACCUUUCUUCUUCCAUAUUUUAACAAUGCUCACCGAUACAGAUGAGAUGGUACGCGACCUUACGGUCUUCCUCAUAAACGAAAGAUUGUUGGUGAAGAACAAGACUCUGAUAUUUAGGCAGUUCUUGGAGAGCAUUUUUCACUAUAACAAUUUGAAGCUGCCAAAAAAAUUCUCGAGUAAUGUCAUCGGCCAAAGAGCAUUGAAGGCCUUGACACUACCUGGGCGGAGAAAUAAAAAUCACCGUAGAGUGAUUUACAAUUUUAUGCUAGAGCACUUGGAACCUGUUGAAAAGGUGAAAAUUGUCGCACGGCUUACAAGUGAAAUAUUAUCUGCAAUUAUAAGCGGGGCAAUAAAUGUUCAGAAAGAGGAAGGGCUGUCCGUACUCAAAGAUUGCUUGUACAUAUUGUCUAGAGAAGAAUUGCAUCCAACUUCAUGCUCAAAACGUACAGAAGAUGAUUCUCAAGAUGAAAGUUUGCCAAUUGAAAAUCUGCCCGUUAAUAACACUGUGAAUGCUGUUGCAAAUGAGAUGAAAAAGCAGAGGGUUGAGGUCCUUGUGCCGACUCUCAUUAAGCUUAAGAAAAUGUUCAUAAAACUCUCUUCUCCGUUUGCAAGCGAUGUUGCAAGGUAUUACUUAAAAAUUGUCGCCGAAUACAAGAAGGAGCAGCUUCUGAACCUUUUCAGCGAGUAUCCAGCAAUAGAAAAAGAAAUCGAAGAGGAUAGAAAGAAAUAUGGGUCUAAUACUUUCGUCGACGAUGCAGAUGCAGAUGCGGAAACUGCCGAACAGCAAACAAAUCUAGCACUGAUUAGACAGGAGCGGAUGCCAAAAAUUGUACUGCGACGAUUGUCAACGCUAACUUAUCCUGGUAUGAAAAAUUGGCGAAGCCCUUCCCAGGCUUCUCAAUCUGACGAGCAAUCAUCCCAAUUUGAAUAUUCGAGAAGCCAAACUCCGUUACCAUCACCAAUUGCAUAUGCAGAAAUCAGCUCACCACCUUUGUGUCAACCUGGUCCUAGUCUAAAUAGUACUCCAACAAUGUCUAAAUCUAGAAAUUCGCGUCAUUCACUACAGUGCAGCCCCAUCCAUGCAGGGAAUAAUUAUGUUUACAAAAAUCUCAAAUACAAGGGAGUGCCAAUUAUUUCUGAGGAAGAUGACGAAGAAGAACCGUUACCCGUUCAAAGGAGAAAAAUAGUUCCUAGAAAAUUACGCUGUCAGAGUCCUCAAUGUGAGGAAGCACCAAUGGAAAUUGGCACUACGAAGGAACGUUCAAAGUUCGUACGGCAUUCCGAUUAGUUUCUUCUGAACGCGAGUUGCCGUCUCCGAGAUGACUUGCGUCCGAGUAUCCAGUUCAACCUGAAUUUCUGUGGGAUGUCAAGAACAAAACUUUAAACAAUUUGGAUCAACAUACGGGUUUCCUCUACCUUUUUUUAACACCACAGAACAACAUGAAAAAUUCAACUUUUAUUAUUAUUAUUAUUAUUAUUAUUAUUAUUAUUAUUAUUAUUAUUAUACACGUUUUCAUCCUAGAUACUUAUUUAUUUUAAUUUCUUAUUAUAUAGUGUACUCACUUCCUCCAAAACUUUGUUUAGCUUUUUAUUUUGAGAUAUUUGUAUGUGCACAUCUUGGAGAAAUCCAGUUCCAAAUGAAGCGCUGUGUUUACGUGCCUAAAAAACGAUUAUAAUUUAUUUAACAUUCCAUUGAUCGUGUUUGCUCGACUUUAUACAGUCUCAGUAAUAAUUAAUAAAAACUAACACAGUUUAAAGUGCGGCCUAGAAAACUGUAUCAUUGUUCUAAUUUCGCAAAAGAAAGCGUGACGAUGAAAGCAUGUAUUAAAAUUCGUACUGCAUUUCGUCAGUGUAUUUGCGUAUUUUAUUUUUCUCAUUAUUGUUUACACAAAGAAAUUAUUUUUUUAUUUCAAUAUUCUCAUCGAUAUUAAAUAUAUUUUGUCAGUGUGAAAAAGAUGAAAAUUGAAAAUGAGACAUUAUGCCAUGUGUCAGAAAGAAGAUAAGAAAUUCGGAACUGUGACAGUCAUUACAAAUUUAAAAAAAAAAAAUCAAUUGAAUAUUCACGUAACACUUUAUAAUAGCCUAAGAGUUCAUGGUAUGAAAACUGAAAACUCAAAAACCA